AUGUCCUCUCCGCACGAACCGCAGGAGCUGGAACCCGAGGUGCCGGCUAUAGGAGUCACUGCCGACCUCGCGAACAACCUUCGGAGCACGAGGCCCUUCAGUGCUUCGGACGAGCGCGGCGGAGAUUUGUUGUUAGUUCUUGUGCAUUUCGGGCGGAAUCUGGAUGCGCUUGUUACCAAAGAUGUUUCGACAAAGCUGAAUGGUACUACUAUCGCUGGAGAUCAACUCAACACGUAUGUGGUCGCUUCGGUUGGUGUCUUUACCGGAUGCUCCAACCUUGUGCAGUGCCGUCGAGGAGACGCCACCAGAGCAGCAGAUACGUCAACAUUGCCACUAGAAGGCAGAGUAUUAUACGAACACAAGUUUUCUCCAUAUGCUGCGACGCGCGUUGUCGAAGCCAGCACUUCACCUUCCUGGAACGAGGUGCUAGCCAUCCCAUUACCCACAGGGUGGCCACAGACUAUAAACCAGCAGCUAGGAGGUGCUGGAGGAAGAGCAGGGGUAGCAAUCACCGAAGAUACAAAACGCUUGGCUCUAAAACUCGACAUUGUGGAACGUGGGGAUAGUCAUCAGGAAGAUUUCUUGCUUGGAACGUGCAUUCUCCCCCUUGCCAAUGUCGGAUGUCAAUUCCAGCAGACACACUAUGCAUUUGCCUUUCCACCGAAUGACACGAAGAGCCCGUUAGACCAUACUGCAGGCACUUGCGUGUAUGUGUCACUGGAUGCAGCCUGCCGAGGUCCAGUGCUCAGUACCAGUUCUCUGGAGCAUGUCGAAAUCACUAUCGAGUCUUUCACACCUGUUGUCGUUACUGGCCAUGAAGAUGAAGCAGAGGCACUCGACUGUACAAGUCUCGGCGUCCUGGUAAACUUCCACGCUGAUGAGAGCACAAACUCCUCACAAAUGAAACCUGUGGAAGCGUACGGGGUGCUCGAAAACCACUUCACAUUUCUCCACGAUGGUCAAGCACUUGAUACUGCCACAAUCGAUAUGUCAGUAAGAAAGACCAAGCUUGUUGGCAUUACACCUUCGUCGUCCUCGGCAACAGGCAGCGCUUCAGGGGUGUACGAGUGGUUCUUCCCUUUCAGUUUCACAUUGGGGGCUGGAAGUUACCAAGACUUUACUUCGACCGCAGUAAAUAUUGCACUUUUCAACACUUCAUCGCUGCCGCACAAACUUGUUGGUCGCGGUCAGCUCCAGCUUGCAUCACCCAAGGCUCAAGGUGCGAAGAAAGAUGGAUCACCACUGCGAUACACCGUAAUUCCAAUCACAUCUAGCGCCGACUGCUCUCGCGUCCAUGGUCACAUCGCUUUACGUCUGCGCUGGUGGGAUACUGCUGCUUGGAGCGCCUUCAUCGGUGACAUUCCUGCUCGACGCGUUGUCUGCACAAACCGGUGGAAUCGCUUACCACGACCGACAAUUGCUUGGAUGGGAGCACUUCUCCGUGGCCUUAAUCGCCACCCUGUAGCUUCGAUAUGCGAUGCUGGAGGUGUGUCUGGAGUGUUGGCAGAGCUGCUUGCUAAGUCUUCAUCACGUGAAGAGUAUAAGCGAAAUCUUCCAAGGCUGCAAGAUCAGCAGCACCAACAACAUCACCAAACCUCACCCACCAGACUUAAUAGCAUAGAGACAGACGAUACCAGAGCCUUGCUGAGAGAGCAGCUCGCCCAUUUGCAAGCUGAAGGAACUGCACAGCGCCUUCAGAUUGAAAGACUCCAGAAUGAGUUGGAUACACGUUUAGUUGCCAUCAAGACGUGUGGGUUGAAGAUCGUGGCCUUACGGAGAGAGGCACGUCAAAAAGAUCAGCAGAUACAACAACUCAAGGAGCAGAUCGAGUCUGCACAGCGUCGAGAGCAGCAGCAAUUAGCCGAGUUAAUGGCCUCUACCAAUGGGAAUGGAGUAGCUUUCCCUGUGCGCCCAGAGCAUCAAGCAGCAUCGCAGCGGUUCACGUUGCUAGCCACGAAGUACAAUGAGCUGGAUCGUGAAUACCAAGCCGUGAAGCAGCAAUUAACUGAUGCACAGGAAUCUUUGAGCUCGCUCGCCGACCUAGAGACGCGUCAUGACAAGCUGCAGGAGGCUCACCUGGUACAAUCAGCUCUGGUGCAGCGCCUACAGCGUGACAAACAGCAAGCAACCGCGCUCAAGAAAGCGGUGCGGAUGCAGGAGAAAGUGAUUCGUCAAUUCGAGCGGACAGUCGCACAGCAGUCAACAGAGAUACCGGAGCGGUCAUCAAUACGUCAGCACGCACUCGGAACUGAGAUGCCAGAUAUCGACGGUGGAGAUUGUGAGACGCGAGAGGCCCUGCUGCGUGUACGCGUCCAGGUCCUGGAACAGCAAAUGCAGACGAAUGCACGCGAAGCUGCGACUGAAAUUAGUUCUCUACGCCUGCGCAUCUUGGAGCUGGAGACGACAGGGAGCCGUCGGACUGGGAAAUAGAGCGGCAGCGACGUCGCUCGCUGCCGGUUUUUGAUUGUUCGUUGGUCUGUCUGGUUAGGAGAUAGAUAUCUAGAGAUGUUGCUCUUCUCGUAAAAAGAGAGGAUAAUACUGUUGCUACUUCUUGUCGU